CAAACUUCGGAAAUCUUCGGCUUAUGUCGUGUCAGUUUUCUCUGAAAAAUUCACCAUUUAUUUUGUAGCUCUGUGAAAAAAUGGCUAAAAUUAGGGAAUUUUCUCCCUAAAACACCUGCUACAGGUGCUAAAGGAGUUCACGGAAAAUUGUGAGGGUAUCAGUAGUGAUUAUGAAAAUGUCAUACGUGUUUAGUGGUGAUAUAGUGCAUCUGAAUGUUGGUGGAACAAAGUUCGCAACAUCUCGGCAGACACUCACCUGGAUCCCUGAUACAUUCUUCACGGCCCUGCUUAGUGGCAGAAUAGCCAGUUUGAGGGAUGAUACGGGAGCAAUUUUUAUCGAUAGGGAUCCCAGUCUCUUUGGCUUUGUCCUGAAUUACUUGAGGACCAGGGAAGUUGAUAUCCGAAAUCAUGAUAUUAGGAUGCUAAGGCAUGAAGCUGAGUACUACAAUAUCUCGCCACUUGUCAAGAGAUUGAUGCUCUGUGAAGAUUUGGGGCAUUCGUCAUGUGGAGAUUUGCUCUUCUAUGGGUAUCUUCCGGCUCCGAGUAUUCCAAUUCAGGACUUUACUCCUCCAGUUUCCACCUCAACGUCGUCUCUGGCAAAGAACCCUGCGAAAACAGAAGCCACUGCGUCUCCUGCGACUCCUGGAGUCUCUACAGCUCGACCAGGCUCCAUGGUGAGGGUGCCUGAGUAUCAGGGAACGAGUGGAACUGCGAAUGUGAGCAAUGGAGCUCGCUUACCCAGUCACUCGAGGAACUCUUCAUUGGAUCUCCGGAUGAGAAAUGGACAAUCAUGGGCAGCCAGUCACUCAAGGACUGCCUCUCUGGAUCUCAGGCACUCCCGGAACUCCUCGGCUGAUCUCACCAAGACCAUCAGGAGCGAUGUGGGGCUUGUGUUUAGUGCCAAUCAAAUGUCAGGAUGGAUGGAUCCGAUGCGUGUGCAGAUCAUCAAGGCUCAUCUCAACUGGAUCUCAGUAGCCUAUGCUCACUUUGUCACCUGCUACAGGCUCAAAGAUUCUUCUGGGUGGCAAUUGGUCUUCACGUCGCCGUACAUUGAGUCAGCAAUCGAGAGGAUUGCCAUUAAUGCCAAAGUCAACAUUACGACAUCCGGAGAGCAGACCCAGAGCAAAAUGGUGGCCAUUAGCUAUGGGUCGCAGAUUAGACUCUGGGGAAUUUCUGAAGAUGGGGCUAAGACUGAAGUGGGAACGUUUAAUCUCAAGGUACGUGUUGAGUAUCUCUUUUUCAUCGGAAGUCAGCUUGUUGCGCUGUCAUCUUCCGGGAAAAUUGGAGUCUGGCACGCAAUGACUCAGCAUUGGCAGAUACAGGAUCUCGUGCCCAUACUCUCCUUCGACACAGCAGGAUCCUUCCUUUUGUUGGGAUGCAACAAUGGAUCAAUCUACUAUAUCGAUAUGCAGAAAUUUCCACUCAGGAUGAAGGACAAUGAUCUUUUAGUGACGGAACUCUACAAGGAUCCGGCAAAUGACCAUAUCACAGCGAUUUCAGUCUAUCUCACACCAAAGACAACAAGUUUAUGUGGCAAUUGGAUUGAGAUUGCGUAUGGGACAAAAUCAGGAUCAGUUCGAGUGAUCGUGCAGCAUCCGGAGACUGUAGGACAUGGUCCUCAGCUCUUUCAGACCUUCACUGUCCAUCAGAGUGCUGUUACUAAGGUAACGCUCUCAGAGAAGUACUUGAUCUCCGUGUGCAGUGAAUACAAUCACGUACGAACGUGGCGUGUGACACGAUUCCGAGGCAUGAUCUCUACGCAGCCAGGCUCAACUCCCGAGGCAUCCUUCAAAAUUGUGUCAUUGGAAGCAGCCGACAGCAAUUACAGCUACGCAGCUGGAAAUGAUUUCGGUCCAUUUGGAGAGCAGGAUGAUGAACAGGUGUUUGUGCAGAAAGUUGUCCCGGACACGGAUCAACUGUACGUGCGUUUGGCAUCAAAUGGGGAUCGGGUUUGUGUGAUAAAGUCUGUAGACUCUACCACAAUCACGUCCUUCUGCGUGCACGAGUGCGAAGGAUCUUCGAGGAUGGGCUCCAGACCAAGGAGAUUUAUCCUGUCGGGACACUGCAAUGGGGCCAUUCAGAUGUGGGAUCUGACAACGGGGCUGGAUUUGGCGGCAAAAGGGGAGAAAACGCAGCAAAUGAGCGGAGGUCCAAAUGCUGAGGAAUUGCUGAGAUUGUUGGAUCAGUGCGAUUUGAGCAACAGUUAUGCUUCGACACCAUGCAUGAGUCCCUGUCCAGCCAACAUUCCACCCACAACGGCUCCUAGGCUCAAAUCCUCCAAUCUCGCAUUCCUCAAUCAAUCAUCCAGCGCCUCCGAUUCUGGUGCUUCCCAGUGAUCUGACUCAAGAAAAGUUCUUUGUUUUUUUCUCGGUAAAUUCAUUUAUUAUUUUACUACAUUAUUCUCUUUUAUUAUCGAGUGUACGUUUAAGACACAUUUUUCUUUGUUCAUCGAGCAUUAAUACGUUUAAGUAAUGUAAAAUUAUAUUUCUCUAUUAUAUUUUGAAGGGGAUUACAUUGACGUUUUCACAUGACUUUUUCCAAGAAAGUCUGUCCAUUUAUUUUUGAGGUAGCUUUUGAAGGAGAAUAAUGCAGAAUUUUCUAAAAAUAUCUGCAUAUGAGAUUUUUCAAAAUGUAUAACAAAAAUACUAAAACAUUUCAAAAAAUUCUCAAAAUGUAAAAAACAGGACUGUUUUUAGGCAAAUGACUAGAUGGAAAAAUCGGGACUCCUUUUCUGAAUAAACUCGAAUCGGUAAUUUUUUAGGCCACGCCCUCCUUAAAAACUUUGGCAUUUUUAUUUUUACUUGAUUUUUUUUGAAGGGCUAAACAAAUUCUAAAAUAAAGCAAUUAGCGAAUGCGAAGUAAUCCGCCCAGUGAAAAAUAAGCCCAAUUCUCUUCUGUGCAGAAAAUCAGUGAAAAAUAACCAAGGAAUCUUGAAGAUACUUCGAGGAGUAACUUGAAGGGGUAACUCAUUGAGAAACCUUUGUCAAUUUCAGUAAAACGCUUAGCGAAACGUGAGAAACACAAAAAAUUUCUUUGCGAAACAUGAAAAUUGCACUAUGGACUCAAAAAUUGCAUUCUGAAAUCCGAGAAACCCAAUAAUAUCAUUGCGAAACCCAAGAACUCUAAAAUUCACUUUGCGAAAUUUGAGAAACUCAAGAAUUGAUCCGCCCCAAGGAUUGCACACUCAAGGAUUGCUUCGUAAAACCCGACAAAGGUAACUGCUUCGUAAAACCCGAUCCAAGAAUUCCUUCGCGAAACUUGAGAAAACCCAAGAAUUGCUUCGCGAAAUCUCAGAAACCCAAGAAUUUUAUCGUGAUACUUGAGAAACCGAAGAAUUGCUUUGCGAAACCCAAGAAACCGCUUCGUGAAACCCGAGAAACCCAAAAAUUGCUUCGCGAAACCUGAGAAAAUUAAAGUAUUGCUUCGGGAACUUUAAGAAACUCAAGAAUUUUAUCGUGAUACCCGAGAAACCUAAGAAUUGCUUUGCGAAACUCAAGGAUCGCUUUGCAAAAUCCAAGAAACCCAAGAAUUGCUUCAUAAAACCCGAGAAAUCCUAGAAUUUAUUCGCAAAACCCGAGAAACCCAAGAAUUUCUUAGCGAAACCCAAGAAUUUCUUCGCAAAAUCUCAGAAACUCAAGAAUUUUAUCGUGAUACCCGAGAAACACAAGAAUUGCUUUGCGAAACCCAAGAAUUGCAUCACGAAACCUAAUAAAUCCAAGAAUUGCUUCGUGACAUCUCAGAAACCCAAGAACUUCAUCGUGAUACACGAGAAAUCUAAGAAUUGCUUUACAAAACCUAAAGAUUGCUUCGUAAAACUCGAGAAACCCAAGAAUUGCUUCGUGAAGUCCAAGAAUUGUUUUGCGAAAUCCAAGAAUUGCAUCACGAAACCUGAGAAACCCACUAAUUGCUUCGCAAAACCUGAGAAAACCUAAGAAUUGCUUUGCAAAACUUGAAAAAAACUCAAGAAUUGCUUAGCGAAUUCUCAAAAACCCAAGUAUUUCAUCGUGAUACACGAGUAACCCAAGAAUUGCUUGGUGAAAUCCAAGGAUUGCUUCGAGAAACCCAAGAAUUGUUUCGUAAAACCCGACAAAUCGAAGAAUUUCUUCGCAAAAUCUGAGAAAACCCAAGAAUUACUUCACGAAACUCAAGAAUUGCUUUGCGAAACCAAAAAAUUGCAUCAAGAAACCUGAUAAACCCAAGAAUUGCUUAGAGAAUUCUCAAAAACCCAAGAAUUUCAUCGUGAUAUCCGAAAACCCAAGAAUUGCUUUGAGAAACCCGAGAAAUGAUUCGUAAAACCCGACAAAUCCAAGAAUUUCUUCGCAAAACCUGAGAAAACCCAAGAAUUACUUCGCGAAAUAUCAGAAACCCAACAAUUUCAUCAUGAUACCUGAGAAACCGAACAAUUGCUUUGCGAAACUCAAGAAACUGCUUCGUGAAACCCGAGAAACGUGAAAACUGCAUCUUUAGUAACUGACAGAGUAGCCCAAGCUCCCAUUUCCCCGAGUUUCCUUACAAAAUUUAUGAGCAUCUCGGGUUUCCUGCAAAAAUAUGAGUUUCCCGGAUUCCUUAAAAAAGGAUUUUCUGGUUUUCUGUAGGUCGUCCGUGAGUUCCUUAAAAAAAAUUAUGAGGUCCCCUGCGUUCUUUGGCCAGAUUGGCUCUAAUUUCUUGAAAUGAGUUACCCCUUGGUUUUUUUUUAAUAUUUAUAUUUUAUUGUCGUAAGUACACUUGGCAUAAAAACUAUUCAGACAAACCUGACGGUAGAAUAUUUAAGUAAAAUAUUUCAUGUUAUACCUCGUAUUAAUUUUUUAAUACAUUUUUAAAUGGGCGUGGCCUAUUUUUUCUAUAUAAAAUGAUCUGUGAGAAUUCAAAAGUUUUAACUGUUGUCAAAUUCUUAAAGGGGCGGAGCCUAUUCUUAAUUCUUUGAGAAAUAUUCUGAUACAUUCAGGAACAUUAAAAAAGCAACAAUAAUUAUCCCUAAAUUUUCUAAUAUCGAAUGGCAAUUUAUAAAAUAUAUUUGAACUAAUUUAUCCAUCCCAAAAGCUGCCUCCUCAUUCCAUCCCCGCAAUCUAUCUUUGUUUUUUAUACUUGUAAUAACUUUGACUAUAUUUACAAAAGUGUAAUUAUUACAUUAAAAAUGUGGCAAAAUUGAAGCGCUUCAAAGAUCACA